UUUCUUUCUAUCCCAGGUUCCUUCCGUCUUCAUUCUUUAUGUGAUUCCGGUAAUAAGUAGUGAUUAGGGCAACAAUAAUUUUAUUGGUGAUAAGAUUUUACAUUAGUUUAAGAAUCAGUAGUUGCUGCCAAUGUACAAAACGCUUUCACAGAGUGUAGUGGUAUUUUUAUUGCUGGUGCGGUAAAUAGGAUUUUUUGCGCUGUCUUGAAGUUUGGCAGAUUAUGAAGACAUGCAGUUUAGUUGUGAUGUCGAUAUGUCUAGGCUGGCAGAAUAUAAAUUGUCCCAGAAGUGCCCUUUCUUGUACAGGCUGCCAAUAUUAAAACUAGGACAGCAUCGCUAUGGAUCGUACGCACCCAAUCCUCCGGCACUACUUCGGUUGAACCAGAACUACAAUGAUUACAACGAGUACCGACCGGCGGCCGAAUAUGGACCGCCGCCCAUGACUAUGCCGGAGCAGCCGCAGCCCUUGCCGUACCCUUAUUGGUACCCUUCUACAGAAGCAUGGCGUCAUUCCAUUCAACCUUCGGGUUAUCGGCCAAGAGACAGCAAUCCAAGAAAAAGGCCUAGAUCCAGAACUAGAUCUCACCUAGAUGAUGUUUUUCGUAAUAAUUGGGACGACGAUGAAGAACUCCACUACAACCGUUCAGAAGCAACCAGAAGAUGUGAUGAUUCCCGUAGAAAUUUACGUCGGGUACCCACAGACGAUAACAGAAAAACGUCUCAAGAUCAGGAAAGCGCAAAAAGAUUAUGUAACAGAGAGAUUGAAAAUGAACCCGAAGCAACAGUCGUUCGCGAUGUUUCUGAAAACAAUAAGCAACCCUGUGUUACUAAUAAUGAAAACAUUGCCAGUACAAGUACAGAUGUACAAUCUACGCAAAAUUCUGAUUUGUUGAGCAACAUCGUUACUACAAAGACUUAUUUAACAGAUUGCUUUCAUGAGGAUACACCGAGUGUUUCUACCUCAAGUACGUCAGUCAGUGACAUGGACAUUUCUAUUUCUUCUGUAGAAUUAACUCCAAAGAAAGGAAAAUUCGAUGAAAGUUGUUUAAAAAUAUCAGAAGGCACUGGGGAGGCCACAGAGGAAACAAACCCUGAAGAUACGACUGGAAGAAAUAGUCUAAUGAAAAAAGCAGAUCAAGUUCAAGAAUCAGAACCACCCGAGCAUAAAGUUAGUACAAAGGAAUCAAAACAUUCUCAAAAUACAUCUGGAAAGAUCAGUGAGACAGAAACGUCUGAAGACAAGCUCGGAAAUGAGUCUAGCAAUAUAGGAUCAAAUGAUCUUCAAAAAGACUUCCAAAGAAGCAGUGUGAUAGAGAGGUUUAAGGAACCUACAAAACCAACAGAUACACCUCAAAGUACAUUUGAAUGUAUCAGUUCAACGAAAAAAGUCGACGAAGUUAAUAUACCAAAAUUCUCUAAUGACAAAGCCAAGAAUGCAAUUAUUAGAAAGAAGGAAAGAAACUGUGCAAUGAAACGAGCUGAGGCUGCAGCAUUAGAAGAUAGAAUAUCAAAUGUUAGUAGUACCACAGUUACCCCCGAUGAAAAUCUAGAAACAUCCAAACAAAAACUUGUACCCGAAAGAAAACCUGUUGAAGUUGAUAACAAGGUUGAUCUGUUGUACAAGCGAUCCAAGUCAAAAGAAAGUGUUUCAUAUCAGAUAACACCUGGAUACACGAUACCUAAAAAGUCACAGUCUACCAGAAAAAGCGGCUUUUCGGACAUAGAUGAUGUUUAUUCACAAGAUGUCAGGAAGUUGUUUGGAGAUACGACUGACAUUUUAGUGGAUACCAGCGAUCACCACAAUAGUAUCCUUCCAAACCCCAGUGAUGAUGAUCUGAACAUAAAAAAUUAUCAGUUAUCAGAUACCUCAAAGACAAUAAGUAUCCAUAAACGUAAUAAUCAAAGUAGACCAUAUCAUUCUUACACAUCAAGACCAGAUCCAGUUGCGUCAAAAAUAAACAACUGUAGGAGGAGUUUGGAUCAAAACAGCGUUCUCACAGACCCUUCAAGUAUUGAACUGAGCCUACCUCCGAAUAUUUCAGUGAUGGAAACCCGUGUACCUAUGAAAAUAGCUCAUCGUAGGUAUUCAGAUCUCAGACUGUCUCUUGACUCCCAAAGAUCUGAAAGUAGCAGAUCACCUUCGAGUCCUUUCAGAUCACCUACAGAUGUGAGUUCGAGUGAUUCGUAUUCGAAAGAUAGAUCGUCAAAUAGUGGUAGGUAUGUUGAUCGCCGCACUUCCACUCGGUCUUCAAGGUCAAUGAAUAGGCGAAGUAGUACUGAUGCAAGAAGAAGAGUUCAUAACCAAGAUACCUCAAAAUCAUCCCAGAGUGUUCCUAGAUCGGAAUCUUCAAAAGGAACUGACAGGGUUAAGUGCGAUUCACCAUCUAGUCAGAAAAGUUUUCCGAAGACCUCAAACAAUAUUAGAACUGAUCCAGAUAAUACGAGCGCUCUAAAAUUAGGUGAGAUUUCUGAGGUUGAAAGUAGUUCUAGAUCUCCAUUUAGUUACAAAGCAAGAAGUUCCUGUAACGGAUAUAGAAUACCGAAGAAAGGAAGUGACAGAAGACAUACCACUUUUUCAGACUAUGACAGUUCUUCACAAGACAGUAUCAAAAAUCGGUCAACUGUAACCACCAAACAAUUUGGUUCUGAUACUUCUCUAGAGAGCAAUAAAGACUGUUCUCGAGAUUCUAGUUAUCAAAAACAUGAGCAAAAGUCGAGCGAUUCUAGAGGCAGUAGUGACUCGGAAGGUAGGAGUCGCAAACAAACAAUUGCAGGUGAUAAAAAGAUGUCAAAAACCAGAUCUGUCGAUAGCAAGGAGAUAGGAAGUCCAAAAUCCAAGCGAAUUAACACGACUCCAAAGAUAAUAACUGGUAAUAUCAGGAAGAAAGAAAAAAGAGUUCCCUUGAAUGAUUCCAAGACAAAAAAAUCUUUAGAAUUGGUGACAAGGUCUAAAACCGAGCAUGAAGCGGUGGCCGGACAUGUGCAAAUAAAAGGUAAACUUGAAAAAAUGGUCAAGCCUAAUGGUGGAAUAAGUAGUGAUUGUCCUAAACUGAUAGUUCUCAUUGCAAAAGAUUCUACCAUUAAAUCCACCAAACUUAUGGAAAUAUCUCUUACAUCAGAUGCAGAUGUACUAACUCUAAGUAAUAAAGAAAAUUUAGAUAGUGAAACAAAAUCAGGUUACCAUAGAACUGAAGAUGCAUUGCCCACAUUGCUUCAAGUUAGUAGUGAUGGACAAGAUACAGAAACAAGCAAACCUAACAUUGAAGAGAAAGGACGAAAUAAUGUUUUUGAUAAACCAGAUACUGAAGGUACAACAAACCAAAGUUGCGAUGUACUAUGUGAAGAAGAUACAUUAGAUAAUACUUCUGAAGAUGUUGACAAUCAGGAUUUAUUGUCUGAAAAUGUUGAGAAGGCAGUUGAGCCGUUGGAGGAAGCAGUUAAAUCUAUAGUAAAUGGAAAUAGUGUCUGUGAAGACACGUUACGUAAAUUAAACCAAAUGCCCCCUACAAAAGAGAAGGGACUGUGUACAAAUAGUGAAAAUUUGGGUGAUGAAAAUGAAAUGUCUUCGAUUGAGGUCAAUAGAAAAAUAGAACUUGACAUAAAGUCACACAUUGUUUCGUUGGCUGACGCGCAUAUUGACGAGAAUGUAGGCGUUAUUGAAAAGUUGUUUGACGAGAAAAACGUUACCUUAAUUCCAUCUUCCGAAAUGAACAUAGGGAUUGUCGAGUCUGAAAUAUUAGAUGCAAAAUUCUCCACUGUCAAUAUCUACAAAUCAUUCAGUAUAAAAGUACCUAACGAGUCGUUGAUAGUCAUCGAGUUUGUUAGAUGUUCAAUUCUUCCAGAAUUCCAGUUUACACAGGAUAGUGCUACCAGUUCUUUCACAGAAUUUCCCGAAUUUGCUACAGUUACCAUAAAGAAGCCACCAGAGGUAAUAGAGGGUUCAGUGAAAGUUUUCAAUAAAAUGAAUAUUGAAGAAUAUAUUCCCAUUAUCGAUCUAGUGGACGAUAAGCCAGAUAUUCCUACAGUUGACCUCACAGAAGAGGCCGAGGCUAAACAAGAACAUGCAACAGUUGACGCUAGUGAAAUCUUAGAUCUUUUGGUAGAAACAGCUGGUAUCAAUGAACAAAUUACUUUGUACAGAAGCGAUGAGACCGUGAAUGAUAACUUGGACCUACAAGCUACAUGUGUUUCUAUUACUCCUACCAAGCCUGGAAAUGGGACAAUGAUAGAAGAAACAGAGAUUGAAAGAGUGAAGAAAGAAGAGGGAGAGGAUGAACCAGACAGCAUCUUCACGGAGGUAGAACUGUUGAAUGUCAAUAGAAAAGUGGCAGGACGUGUAGAGGUCAAAAUGGAGGUAGACCAGCCAACUCCUACGGAUGUUGUGUAUAUAAAAGAUGAACUUGACAAUGGGAUUCUAAGUAGUGGUAACAAAACUCCUUUAGAAACGGUGCCUACAGAAGAACCUGCAAGUGUUGAAGCACCGUCCCAAAGCCUAUCUCUUGAAAACGUCACUAACGUUUUGUCUGCUGAUAGUAUGGUGCUUGGGAACAGAUCGCCAUGUGUUGAAAAGAAUACGCCUAGUGAUGAUGUGGCUGCGAAAUCUGCAAGUGUUGAUAACAAUACUUCAAGGGGUGCUAGUGUCAGAGAAGUGACGUCUCCUGAUAAGGAUAUUUCUAAUGGUAAACGUUCUGGUAAGGCUACUCUUAGAAAUAUUAGAAGGAAAGUACCCAGUUCAUUGGAUAUGCCGAAGUUGAACAAUCAAGAAUGUGCUGCUCUUAGAAAUAGUAGAAAGAAAGUACCCAGUUCAUUGGAUAUGCCAAAGUUGAACAAUCAAGAAUGUGCGGCUGGUGAUCAUUUAGGCCAAAGUUGUAUGACUGUCGUUGCGGAGAAGACGAUUCGUGAAAAACCGGUGCCAUUGGAAUCUGUUGAUGCCCAAAUAAAUGACGCUCUUCAUGAAAUAGAUCAGAUGAUUGCAAGACGAAGAGAAGACGGCAGGCAAGUAUCAUCCUCAAAACCCAACAUGGAAUCUACUGAAGAACGCAACUCUUUGGCUGAUCGAUCGGCGGAUAUUUCAACAUCGACAUCCAGAGCAACCAUUUUGCAGAAUGAGGUGGUGCAACCAUCUGUUGCUUCCCAGUCUGCUGUCUCGCCACAGACGAGCUGUGAAGCCUCUUCAAGUUGUAGAGUUGAUAAUACAGCUCAAAGGAACAUUCCACAAGUAAGCCAAGCGACUGAAACAUUUCGGAAUCAUUCCCAGCAAAAUGUGGAUAAUAUUACACAAAUCAAUAUUGUCCAGCCACUGUCAUCUAACAGCCAUAUCAUACUGCAAAGGACCAACGUUGUUCAGAAUCAAAGAAGAGAAGGUAGUACCGAUACGCAGCCACUAAGCAUACUUCAAACUCGAGACUCGUCGCAUCAACAAGACAUUUGGAACGUAACUAGUAUUCUAGUGAAGUACCUCAUACGAGUACACUGCCUCAAGGCAUGUUGCUCUAACUUCAGUAAAACGUUGGAGUUAUAUCGAUUUAUCGAUCCAAAAUUGUAUCUCAAGGAAUCGAGAUAUAUGCCGCAGAUCCAUGAUGAUAAAGUGGCUGAAUACGCUGUGGCAAUGAAAGAAACAUUCAAGCGCAUAUUCGUUUUACCUCCAAACCCACAGGAUGUUCUGAAGGUGACACUAAAUCGUCUGAAGAAGGCUAUCCCACAGCUGGAUAUGAAAUGGAUCAUAUUUGUCCUGGCAUCUCUGAUGAAACUAGAAGCAGCGUACUAUGAUGCGCACGCCUCGUUAAAGUAUUUCUUUUACUACCUCAACACGGCAAGUCAACAGCUUAUUGCGCUGAAACGACAGCACGAUCUGAGGUUACAGCAGCAACAACAGACACAACAACAACAAUAUAUGGCCCCUGAGCAAGUAACUGCAUUAACAAAUCAAAUAGCACAGUAUCAGAGCAUCCGCCGCACGCAGGACCUAUUCAAAAAGGGCAACAAAUCACCGAAGAGGACUUCCAAGCGGUCGACAGAAGGCAGUAAUCUGACAGCUCCAGCUCCAAAUGAAAAUACGCUUGCUACACAAAGUAGGGCAUCAUUUGCAUCCGGCAUUAGUCCCUCGACCUUACGGAAAUUGGUCCAAGCAAUACCAAAUUCACCACGUGUUGCAUCAGGAAGUCACACAUUUCAGAAUCCGACUUCAAAUAUGCCACCUGCACACGGUGCGACACCAAUGAUACGGUUGAGGGAUCCAUCGUCGUUAAUGCAGGGCACUCCUGGUCCAUCUCAAACCAACAUGAAUUCCAGUAUGACAAAUCUAGAACAGAUGCUCGACAAAUAUCCGUGCCAAAAUAGGCCUAACGUGUCCGCUGAGAAUAAUACCGGGUGCACGUCAUCAAGUGCAACGUCAUCGCCAAUGUCCUGUAACUCGAUCCAAAAACACGUAUACGCGCCAAUAGUACGGGCACCACCGCCACCGUACACGUCACCAAAUCUGAAUACAGUUUCUAGUCAGAAUGUCAAUCCUUCCAGGCAGCAAGCUGCAACCUCGUCAACUAUUCACCACUUUUCAUCACCACAGCGUCAUAUGUUGGAUAUAACAAGCGGCUGUGAGUAUCUACCAAGACCUGCCCGACUAAAUGCCCCAUACAGGCUCACCAAUAACAGAAUAACAUCAAAUCAAAGUGUGACAGGGUGCAUUCCAUCUCAUCAAAUGUCAGGUCAAAACACGACAGUUGGUGCAAGUGUGGCACCAGCUCAUGGAUACUCUGAUAGAAGGGCGUUACCAAAUGUGUCGCCUGCUCAAACUGAAGUGCCAAGUUACUCUGUGGGGUCGUCACCUGUAAUAUCAUCUCCAGCACAUCAGAUGUCUGGUCAAGGUGCAUCUACAAGUCAAAUGGCGUACACUCCUCGUGGAUUGCCAAAUUCACAUGUUCAAAUGACAACUGGCCGUAGUGGACCUCAAUCUGCGCACAGUUGCGUAGUGCGUAACCAAAGAGACCCUAGGACGUAUGCCCCAACGGCAUUGCCAAAUCCACAUCCUUAUAUGACCCCUAGUCAUCGCGGAGUAUCAAACCAGAAUCUUAAUUCCGUGGGAAUGUCUUCAGCUCAAAUGUCUUCUCCAGCUCAUCAAAUGUUGAAUCAAGGUGAAUCUACAAGCGGCAGGGUAUGCGAUGAAGCAGUGUUGCCAAAUUUGCAAGUUCGUGUGAUGCCUGGACAAAGUGGAGGAACAAGUCGAAAUAGUCUUUCUAUGGGAAUGUCACCAGCGCAGAAUUCUAUGUCUUCUCCAGCUCAUCAAAUGUCGAAUCAAGGUGAAUCUACAAGCGGCAGGGUAUGCGAUGAAGCAAUGUUGCCAACUUUGCAACUUCGUGUGACGCCUGGACAAAGUGGAGGAACAAGUCGAAAUAUUCUUUCUAUGGGAAUGUCACCAGCGCAGAAUUCUAUGUCUUCUCCAGCUCAUCAAAUGUCGAAUCAAGGUGAAUCUACAAGCGGAAGGGUAUGCGAUGAAGCAGUGUUGCCAAAUUUGCAAGUCCGUAUGCUGUCUGGACGUAAUGGAGGAACAAUUCGAAAUAGUGUUUCUACGGCAAUGUCACCAGCUCAGAAUUCUAUGUUUUCUCCAGCCCGUCGAAUAUCCGAUACACCUGUAGCCAUGAGUGGUAGGGCAGCGUUGCCAGAUCAUCACGUUCAAAUGACACCCACUCGUAGUGGUGGGUCGAAUCAAAAUCUUCGCUCUAUGGGAAUGACACCACGCCAUCUGUCGCUUUCUUCUCCAGCACACCAAAUGGUUGAUACUGCAGACUCCGCUAGUAGAAGAGAACAGACAAUUAAUAGUGAUAGACUUCAAAAAUCUCGCCCUAACAGAAAUGCAGUAUCGAAGCAAUAUCACGACUCUGUUGCGGCGUCACCAGCUAACAAAUCGCCGGUGUCAUCACUGAAUCAAACCGGAUCUUUAGCUGCAACUAUAUCUAAGAAUAUAAUACUAACUGGUACUCCGGUACAUACGAGCAGUCAAAAUGUUCGGAUAGAUCCUCUCGCUAGGACUCCGGCUCAGCAGUUUGGAACCGCUCAAACACCAAGUCAUCCGUCGAGUGAAUUCAACACCCCGGUCCGAACAACGGUGAUAUCUCCGAAUGAGACUGCGCAGUUGGCUCAACGUGGAACAUGCGCGACACCGCAUGCGUCAGCCACUCCUGUCUCGCUAAGGAUGCAGCUAGAUGACGACGAAUUGCCCACUCGUAACCUUGUAUAUGCACCAAUGCUGGUUCCCCCUUCGUACGAUCGACUUAGUUCGUCCCCGACCGUCAGCCAUAGUCCGGACCCGUCACACGUCAGUGAAGAUGGUAAUGAAGUCAUUGAUCUGACAUGGAUCGAUGAUUUGGACGAAGAACGACUGGACAUGGAAGUCGAAGAGAUGGUCAAGAAAGAAGAGUUGGAUCCGGAAGAUGAUGAUGAUGAUGUCAUCAUUAACAACAUCGACCAUUUUGCUGUGAUAAACGAUUCCCAAAAAUACCGGCCAGAAUUAUAGUGUAUGUUAAAAAGUACUUAAAUGUAAGUUUGAAAUGUACGUAUAUUUAUUUUUUGAAGCAUAAUAUGUUAGAUUUAGUUCGUUUGCCAUUAUUUGUAUAUAUACUGAUGUGAUAUAUUUUUUUUAUUUUGGAUAAUAAAAAUGUAAUUUUGUUAUGUUUUCUGAGAUGUUCCUAUACAUAUAUAGUUUUUGUUGUAUUUGUUACCUGGAGCAGCCAUUUUAGUUUUAGACAUUUGUAAUGUACGUAAGAUACUGCUGAGAGCAAGUAUUGACAAAUGCAAAUAUAAUUUUGAAAAACA